AUGUUCAAAUUCGUAGUUCUCGCUGCCCUUGUAGCAAUAGUUGCUGCCAAACCAGGACUUGUAGCUCCAGGUCUUCUCAGUUCCCCCAUUGCCGGACCAAUUAUUCCACAAUCCAUCAGUUUAACCAAAACUUCAUUGUUGCCCAGUGCUCCUUUGGUUCCGUCUCCACUCAUUGCUUCAUCCGGACUCGUCGCUUCUUCGCCACUUCUAGGUGCUCCUUCUGUAGUACGUUCUGCGUCUUUGAUAGCUGGCGCUCCUUUAAUUGCCAGCGCCCCAGCUGUAUCUAUAAAUGCAGCAUCCCUUGUUCAGGCUUGGUAA